UUGUACUAAUUUUAAUUUGUAACAAACCAUUUUGCAAAGAAAAUACAACUCCAAUCAAACACUUCAUUAGACUAAAAUAAUUUUUAUUAUCAGUUUAAUAUUCUCUAAUCUUUCUGCAUAUUCUUCGCAUAAUAAAAUCUUUUUAGUUUUCUCCUUUACCUCCCCUUUCCGUCAGGGGAAAAAAGGUUGAAUUUUUAAGUUAGGAGCUCUCCUCAAUUCGCAGCUAAUAGCACAGAGAGAGAGAGAGAGAGAGAGAGAUUUUCAGAGCGAACGAGAGACAGAGAGAGGGUAACGCAGGUCGGUCGGGGAAGGGUAGAAUUGAGGAGCGCCGUGGUGGGAGCUGCGGAUCUUGUGUCCUGAGAUUUCCACCCCGCCGGCGAGCUUGUUUGAUCCCUCCGGAGAAUGCGUUGUUGACGGAAGCUAUCACAUUUGAGAUUCGGUUUGUUAAAGCAUCUGUAACGGACAUUUUGGUGAAGAUAUGAAAAAGGGCAUGAUAGAAUGCAGCGUAUGCCAUUCCAAACUGCUGGCAUCUCCGUCUUCCAAAACAGUUUCGAGGGCUUAUGACAGGCACAAGAGCAGGGUGUCGUCCAAGCAGAAAGCCCUCAAUGUGUUGUUGGUUGUGGGCGAUUGUAUGCUAGUUGGCUUACAGCCUAUAUUGGUGUAUAUGUCCAAGGUGGAUGGAAAAUUUGAGUUUAGCCCGAUAAGUGUCAACUUCUUGACAGAAGUUACAAAAGUCGUAUUUGCAAUCGUUAUGCUUAUUUUACAGGCUAGAAGUCAGAAAGUCGGGGAGAAGCCACUUCUAUCGAUGUCUACUUUUGUACAGGCAGCUCGUAACAAUGUCCUCCUUGCGGUUCCUGCGCUUCUCUAUGCUAUCAAUAACUAUCUGAAGUUCAUAAUGCAGCUUUAUUUUAAUCCUGCAACGGUGAAGAUGCUUAGCAAUUUAAAGGUUCUGGUCAUUGCUGUUUUGCUCAAGUUGGUAAUGAAGCGUCGCUUCUCUAUAAUUCAGUGGGAAGCCCUUGCUUUGCUGCUCAUUGGUAUUAGUGUAAAUCAGUUACGCUCAUUACCUGAAGGUACUACCGCCUUGGGCCUUCCAGUUGCUACGGGUGCUUAUAUGUACACAUUUAUCUUUGUAACAGUCCCAUCUCUGGCCUCUGUAUUUAACGAGUACGCUCUGAAGAGUCAAUAUGAUACCAGCAUAUAUCUUCAGAAUCUGUUUUUGUAUGGCUAUGGUGCUAUAUUCAAUUUUCUGGCUAUACUGGGAAUUACACUCGUUAAAGGUCCCAGUAGCAUGGAUAUCCUCCAUGGUCAUUCAAGAGCUACCAUGCUUCUAAUAUGUAACAAUGCAGCCCAAGGAAUUUUGUCCUCUUUCUUCUUCAAAUAUGCAGACACUAUUCUGAAGAAGUACUCGUCGACGGUGGCCACAAUCUUCACAGGCAUAGCAUCUGCAGCAAUGUUUGGUCACAAGUUGACAAUGAACUUUGUGUUGGGAAUUUCAAUCGUGUUCAUUUCAAUGCAUCAGUUUUUCUCUCCCCUUGCCAAAGUCAAAGAUGAACCCCAUAAUGGGGUUAUGGAACUGAAGGAAGAGGACCCCCAAAGGUCAAAGGAAUCGUUCAUAAACAUGGCAGCCGCUGCAAAUGAAGAGGUCAGCCAUUUCCCACCGCCGACGGAUACCAUCAAGAAAACGAAGAACCAAUUCCCUCCGAUGAACUCCACGGCCAACACGCUCCGCUUCUCUUCACCUCUCUGUCCCCGCUUCCACUCUCCCCACAAAUCCCCCGCCCUCACCGCCGCGUCCAGAUUCUCAUCCGUCCGAUGCUCCUUCCCCUCCCCGAGCCGCCGCCGUUCUCGCCGCUCCGGCAAGAGGAAACUACUCCAGACCUCGACUUCCACCGCCCGCCCCUCCCUCCACCUAGAUGACGACCUCGAUCGUGCCGCUUCAGCUCAGAACCUCGAAUUGGUCCUCGACCUCGACCAGCUCUCCUACCUCGCUCGUUCCAACCUCCGCCGGUUCAUCUCUUCCGGCAGGGACGCGUACGCCGACCUCAGCACCCUCGUGUCCUUCGACGAGAGCAGAAGGAUCGUCUUCUCCUGCCGGAAAUCGACCGUGCGGUUCACCGGCAUGGUUUUGCUCUGCGGAUUUGUGAUUGUUUCGGCGGUUAGGGUUUUGGUUAGCCUCGGGAUGGCGGUUAGGCGGAGUGUUGGGUUUAGGAGGGAGAAGGUUGUGGUGAGGAGAGACCGGAGUCUCGGAGGGAGAGAGGUGGUGGUUGCGACGGCGGCGGUGCCGACGGAGAGAGAUGGCGUGAGGUCGAAGAGGAAGAGGUUUGGGGUUUUGGAUAAUCCAUUGUCGUCCCUGAGUCUUGCUGUAGGGGGAAAUGAUUGGAAGAAGUACUUGGCUCGGAGGCAGGACAGGUUGCCUAAAUGGUGGCCGGCGACGGUGGUGUCGGGGAACGUAUUAUUGGAGAAUCAGGAAGAGUAUCAAAGGGAAGCCAAGAGAUUGAUUCGAGCAAUCACGGACUAUAGAACUAGCGGAAAGGAUUUUGCUAUGGACGACAUAAUUCAAUUGCGUCGAAUAUGCAGGACAUCUGGAGUGAAGGUUAGCUUUGACACAGCAAACACUCGCGACGCACUCUUCCGUGCAUCAGUUGACUUCAUUUUAAAUUUGUGUAGCAGGAAUCCAAGUUACGGAAGCAUACCUGAGAUUGAUGGUGAAGAUGUCCGGCAGUUCAUUGCUGGUCUUGCUGACAACAUUGGGCUUGAGAGCAUACGUGCUGCUCGAAUUGUGUCUGCUGGUGUUGCUGCACGCACUCAUUCGUGUUUCUUACAGGCUUGGCCGGAAAUGGAGAUGGUAGCGGAGGGACUAGGAAAGCACUUAAAGGUCGAGCAGAGGGAACUUCUGAUGGACAUGUUCUGCGUGGCUUGCAGCAGUAAAGAGAGCCAUAAAAGUGCAGCAGAUGCUCUCGGCUUGACGCUCUCAUCUGAAGUAUCUGAAAUUGGGCGGCUUCAGGAAGACAGCAGCAGAAGUCCGGUAGAAAGCUGAUCGCAGGCAGGCAGAUUCAUUAACCCAUUAGAUCAAGAAGGCAAAAAUAGAAGACAAAGACCUUUUAGGCUGUUGUAUAUGUAUAAGCUAUUGCCUUCCCUGCCAAAUGACAGCUUAGAAUUUGUACAAUUUUCCUUAAACUUACGAAUAAUCCUCGUUAAGUUAAUCAUUCAUGAUAAUAAUGUAAUAACAAUAGUGCUAGUAGUAUACACACUGCAAGUCCAGUGGCUGCAGCCUUCUCUCCAGACCUCAGUUGUUCCUCUAAGCUCAGCUGGUAGCAAUGGAGCAGGAUACGAGAUUCGUCGUCCAAGCAACAGAAGGGGCGGGGCCUCUGUUUACUUUGGCUUUCUGCUGUAUAUAUUCUUGGUCAGAGGCACAGCAUAAUGUUCCAAACUCUGAGCAACUUCUCCUACAGGCUAUAGCUACAUAGCGAUGAACUCUGCAUGCUCCCCGUUGGCAUCUGCUUCACAAUCGUGUAUAUGGGUUUACAGAGUUGGCAUAUUUGGGCUUCACAUGAACCAAAGCCCAAAACUAGCGCAGGCCCAACUUCAACUGGGCUCCUCUAAUUUCCCCUCGCCGUCGCCGGUCUCCACUGUCCAUUCCAAAACGAAAGCUUCCCAGGUUUUCAACCGCUCUCUCGCCGCCAGAAUCGAAGUUGCCACGGUGCUCCCCUCGAUUGCUUCGGAAUGGAAGGAUUAAGCGUGGUUGCGGCCAAUUUGAAAGUCUUCCUCCAGCCUUCGCAGAGCAAUAAUCUCUCUCUAGCUAUCUUCCGCGAGCUCAGCGCGUUGCUCUUCAAGUACCAUGAUGAAUUCGACGGUGUUUUAUUAGCUUAUAAUGUUCAUGCUCCGGAGAAUAAGGGGCGAAUCCUUCCUGGUGUUCAUCCGUUCAUUGCUGUGAGGCUUGAAGCUAAAUUGCUUGUCUUUUCGCCUAAGCCAGACAUGCUUUUAGAAGGGAAGGUGGUGAAAGUGACUGAGGAGUCUAUUCAUGUGAUUGUUCUCGGUUUCUCGUCGGCUGUAAUAACAGAUGAGGACAUCCGCAAUGAGUUCAAAUACAAGACGAAACACGGCCAGGGUUUGUAUGUCAACAGAUCUAACAGGAAGCAUGUGAUUAAGGCUGGAACUAUGAUUCGUUUUAUUGUCAAGAGUAUGAAUGAAGAGACACUCCACAUCUAUGGAUCAUUGAUCCCUGCCAACACUGGAAGCAUCAAGAUAUUGGAGAACUCAUCAGAGUACACCAACACAGAAAGUGUCACAAUCAACAGCACUCCCAACAAAAGGAGAAGAAAAGAAGAAGUGGUGCAGAUGACCGAGCAUGGCGGCUUUGUCAAGGAUGCUCCUUCGCAUAACAAUUAUGAUCGUGAAAUUAAGAAGUCCCAAAGAAUCUGACCACCCAUCGAAAUUCGGAUUAGUGAAAUGUUGUAGUUUACCUUGUUAUUGGUGAUUGACUGCGUAUAAAUGACUGCUUAUGCGCUUUCAAGAUACGAAAUAUUGGUUUUGCUAACAAAUUGAGGUUUCAAUUCCUAUACUCAUUUGAUUGAUGGAAUGGAGCUUGAUUAAGGCCCUGUUCAAGUUGUUUGUAUCCUGAUCUAGAUAUACUCAGCUUAGUUGUCAAACCAAUCAUUCCCUA